AUGGUCCGGUUGGUCCGGUUCCCCACCCCGGUUGGUCCGAUUUCCCACCCGGUCGAUUCGGCUCCCCACCCGGACGGUCCGAUUGGUCCGGUUCCCCAACCGGAUGGUCGGGUUGAUCCGGUUCCCGACCCGGUUCCCCACCCGGAUGGUCCGGUUGGUCCGGUUCCCCACCCGGUUGGUCCGAUUUCCCACCCGGUCGAUUCGGCUCCCCACCCGGACGGUCCGAUUGGUCCGGUUCCCCAACCGGAUGGUCGGGUUGAUCCGGUUCCCGACCCGGUUCCCCACCCGGAUGGUCCGGUUGGUCCGGUUCCCCACCCGGUUGGUCCGAUUUCCCACCCGGUCGAUUCGGCUCCCCACCCGGACGGUCCGAUUGGUCCGGCUCCCCAACCGGAUGGUCGGGUUGAUCCGGUUCCCGACCCGGUUCCCCACCCGGAUGGUCCGGUUGGUCCGGUUCCCCACCCGGAUGACCCGGUCGAUCCGGAUCCCCACCCGGAUGACCCGGAUGGUCCGGUUCCCCGCCCGGUACCCUACCCGGCUGGUCCGUUUCCCCACCCGGUUCCCCAUCGGGCUUGCCCGGCUGAUCCGGUUCCCCACCCGGAUCACCCGGUCGAUCCAAUUCCCCAUACGGAUGACCCGGAUGAUCCGGCUUCCCGUCCGGUUCCCUGUCCGGUUGGUCCGGUUCCCCACCCGGUACCCCAACCGGAUGUCCGGUUCCUGACCCGGUACCCCACCCGGAUGGUCCGGCCGGGUCCGGUUCCCCACCCGGAUGGUCCGGUCGGUCCGGUUGGUCCGGUUUCCCACCCGGUCGAUCCGGUUCCCCACCCGGAUGACCCGGUUGAUCCGGUUCCCCACCCGGAUGACCCGGUUGAUCCGGCUCCCCACCCGGAUGGUCCGGUCGGUCCGGUUCCCGACCCGGCACCCCACCCGGAUGGUCCGGUUGGGUCCGGUCCCCCACGGGGAUGGUACGGUUGA